AUGCUCCGUCUAUGCUAUGCCGCAUUGUUCGGCUUGAGUUAUGCUGUCUCUCAGAAACCUCUCCUGUCUGAGACCACUGACGACUUCCGUGUACUGCGGAGUAGCCAUGCACCUGAUUACUCAGUGCACAUCAAACGACAGAAUGACUCCAUUUGCGCUGCUGGCUCGCCGCAGUAUACCGGCUGGCUUGACAUUGGGCACAAGCAUCUGUUCUUCUGGUAUUUUGAGAGUCAGAAUGACCCCGCCAAUGACCCGCUGACCCUGUGGAUGACGGGUGGGCCUGGGGACUCCAGCAUGCUUGGCCUCUUUCAGGAGGUCGGUCCUUGUCUGGUCAACGAGCAUGGGAAUGGCACCUAUUAUAACCCCUGGGGUUGGUCCCGGAAUUCAUCGCUGCUCUUCGUUGACCAGCCUGUUGAUGUCGGCUUUUCAUUCGUCGACGAGGGCCAUGAAAAUGAAAUCCCACGUGACUCGCAGGAGGCAGCUGUUGAUAUGCACCGGUUCCUGCAGCUAUUCAUUUCCGAUGUCUUUCCGCAUAAGCUGGAUGCGCCUGUCCACCUUUCUGGUGAAUCAUAUGCGGGCCAUUAUAUUCCGUACCUCGCUGCUCAGAUCGUGCAGCAGAACAAACUUUAUCCCAAUGAGCCUCAGGUACGCUUGCAGUCAUGUCUGGUAGGCAAUGGCUUCAUGUCGCCGAGAGAUACAACCUAUGGAUACUGGGAAACGCUUUGCACCACCAACCCGGGGGUGGCAGAGCCUGUUUUCAAUAAAACCAGAUGUGAUAUUAUGGCGGCCAACAUGCCCAGGUGCAUGGACGUCUACGAAACAUGCGUUAACAACCCAGAUCCCGCCAUAUGCCAUGCCGCUCUCGCCGUCUGCUACGAUGGUAUUCUCGGAUGGUAUGAAAACGAAUCUCACGCAGGAGGUCGCAACAGGUUUGACAUCACCGCUCCAUGUGAAGUUGACGAAGUAUGCUAUGCUCAAGCUGCUCGCGUCGAGCAGUACCUAAAUUCACCAGCGGUGUGGGAUGCUCUCUUGCCGCCUAAGCAGAUUAAGGAGUUCCAGCUGGAGGCUGCAUCGGUUGUUCGCGCGUUCGACAGCACCUCAGACGGCAUGACGUCCACGUCGGAGUUAGUUGCUUUUCUGCUUGCAAACCAGGUACAUUUUCUGGCCUACCAAGGCAAUUUGGAUCUUGCCUGCAAUACCGCGGGGACUCUCCGCUGGGCGCAUUCGCUUUCCUGGAAGGGACAGGUUGAGUUUAACUCCAAAGCGAUGCGAGCCUGGACCUCUGUGGUUGCAGGUAAGGCGGAGAGUGUUGGAACCGCGAAAGAGGUCAAGGUUCAUGUUGGUGAUGCAGAUACUGCGUCACGAUUUGCAAUUGUGACUGUGGAUGGAGCCGGUCAUUUGCUUCCUCAAGAUCGGCCUGAUGUAGCGUUUGAUAUGUUGACUCGGUGGAUCAUGGGAGCGCCCUUUGGUUAG